CGCGAAGGGCCAAACAAAAACGCCUAAACGCGAAACUCGGAAAUCGUUGCACUUGCGUUCAACAAUGUAACGUUACUUAGUUUUAUGCACCUGUUUCAUUGAUUAUCAUUAAGUUUAAUUGCUUGUAGUCGUUCACGCCAUUGACAAGUAUUAACUAAGUUAUUAAAACUGAAUGUAGUCUGUUGGACAACGAGUUACAAGAGCUAACUUACAUCGCUGUUCUCUUUCUAUAGAAUGUGGGACAUCUAACCAGCAACUAUGAAGCCUCCAUCUCGUCGCCGAACUGAACCAUCACGCUUCAGGCCAAAGAGCACUGAGGAAGACCAAGCGGUCAUUGUUAGGUCAAUUUGUCUAGGAUGGACUCGCAAAGAACAGCAGGACUUUCUACAAGGUUUAAAACAGCAGCAGAAUUUUGAAUCAGAAUUAGAUCUGACUGUGCUUCAAAAGAAAGUGCCAAAACGUCCUCUCAAAGAGAUUGAGGACCUGGUAAAUUUAUUGAAGUCUCGAGUGCUGCAGACGGUGUUUCUACAGGUCCAGAAACAGAGAAAAGAGGAGCACAAGAAUAAAGUUCCAAUUGAGAUCUGGGGAGAGCUGGUGCAGAAACUCACUGGAUCCCAUGAAAGCACUGUUUCUGCUGCCUUUUCCCAGAUGCUUGUGAUUGCUGGCACAGAGCCCCGCAGCCUGAUAAACUCCAUCCCUCCACAGGCCAUCGCAAUCCAAUCACCUACUCGUUCCAGUCAUCCUGUUCCAUUAAGUGCAAAGCCUAAUGCACAGCUUUGCCCUUCCCUUCUGCCCACCACUCCUCUACUAACAGUAUUGCCUGGACAGGUUGAUAAUACCCUUCAAACAUCCACUUUAGACAUAACCUCAACUACCAGUGCUUCCACCAACUUGGUGGGCUCUACGUUUAUUCAACCCGAAUCUGUGGAGCAUCCUAACAAAUUCCAGCUUGAAAAUGCAUCAACCAGUUCAGCUCUACAGCUUAGCACACCUAAGACACCCACUCAGGAGUCCUCACAGGUGACCAGAAGCCCAAGUCAGCAGAAAUAUGAACCACAGCCAACAGCAUCCGGUCCAAGCACCAUAUCCACUGCAUCAGUAUCACCGUCGGUUUCCCUGCCAUCAAAUGGGCCCAAUCCAGCUCACUCAGAAUUGUCGGAUCAAGAUUCCUCACACAGACCAAGAGUGCUGAAGUGCAUUGUGAAUUUUGACAAGAUUUAUGAAUUUAUAAGUGACCCAGACUCUAAACCGUGCAAUUCAGCUCUUAGUUCAAUGGAAUGCGCAGUGCUGUAUGACAUGCUGAUGAGCCUCCCUGAGGAGCUUUCCUUACUGAACUGCAAGCAACUUCAACAUCAUCUGCUGCAGGCGCACGAACAGCUCUCUAAACCCGCGCAAAUGCCGGUCUCCUUUCCAAAAACUGGCGAAAACAUUUCACAUGCCAGUGUAGUUGAUUCUGCUGAGUUAACAAAGCAACAUACAAUGACUGCUGGAUCCUCUCAUUCUCCUGGAGAUCCCUCCGGUGACUCAUCCGUCACAGAACCACCAAAGAACAAAGACUGGGCCUCAGCCGGCAUCUGUCCUCUGAAUCCUUUAAUGGUUCCAGCAGCUUUGUUAAAAAGACACUCUGUAGAUUGUAAGAAAUGACAUCAGUUUACCUUAAUGAAUGCUUUAGCCUGAUUAAUGUGAGUGAGGUUUUACAUUGAUUUCUAUUACAUGGUCAGCUAUUUUUUUUUAUGUAUGUUUGUAUAAAGUUUGAUUUAUUCUAGCUCUUUGACUGGUCAUUUCAGAAUGGCGCCUUUACCAGUUAAUAAAUUAGCACAAAUGAACAUGUACUUUCCAAAUGAAAACAUAAUAUAAAAUUGUACAUUGUCUAUUUGCAGGUCCGAGUACUGGUUGUUGAAAUAUUUGUUCACUUUUAUUUUUCUUCUGUUUUGCAUGUUAUGUCAUCUGUUUGUGUUUGGAUGUGCUGGCAACCGCGAUCUCCAAACAGGUCACAUUUUGGUUAUCAUUCCUUGAAUGAGUGUAAUAAAAUGCUAAACAGCACGUGGAAGGUAUUGCAUAAUGGAAUUGCAUCUUUUCGCAGUCGUCAAAUACUUCUGUGUAUUAUCAGAUUUUACCACUACCUGCAUUUUCCAUUUGGGGUCAUUACUUUUCCACAUUCUUGUAAGCUGAUACCUUAACCUUGUUUUGUAAUAAACCUUUACACGUUCA